AUGGUUGACAACUUUAGCUUGCCUGUUGCCUACGCUUUAAUGGAGACAAAAACUGCAACAUCAUAUGAUCAAGUAAUUGUUUUUAUCAAGAACAAUAUACUUCCUAAUUUCCGACCUACCAGCAUUAUGACGGAUUUUGAACCUGCCCUAAGGGAUACACUAACAUCUUAUUUUAAUACCGCACAACCUUACGGAUACUGGUUCCACCACAACCAAGUGGUAUGGAAAAGCAUGAAACGUUUUUGUUAUUUGGAACUAGUUAAAAGUAAUGAUAAAGCAAAGAAAUGUUUAAGAAUGGUUAUGGCUUUACCACUUUUGCCAUCACAUAAAAUUUAA